AUGCCAAAAAAACACCCUGAAUGGCGGUCAAGAAUUCUCCGAAUUGUUAUAAUAAUCAGGGAAGAUUCACUAAAUUUGGAGAAACUAACAGUAUGUUCGCGGUAUUUUACUCCAGAAAGUCUAAUAGAAAAUACUGGUACAAGGACACAUUUUUCUAGAUUUUGUUAUAUCUUUUGUCACAAAAUGAAGUCGGAGGCCCACAAGAAAGCUAGGAAAAAGAGAAUGGCUGCUACAGUAAUUUUAAAGAAUAGACAUUCUCUCCAGGGUUUGAACCUAACCAAUCUUAUUAAAAAUAUACGUGAUGGAAAACCUCUAUCAGUGGAAGAGAUGGCGAGUUUUCAAGAGGGUAAGAGCUUGGCUGAUUUGUCUAUCCAGGAACUUACAACUGCUUUCUCUGACAACUUGCUAUCUGAGGAAACAUUAGAAGAUGUUUUGAAGAAGUCGGGACGUCCUGUUAAUCUGUAUAAUUGUAGACGAGCAAUACAUGAAGCAAUUUGUUUCGCUAACGAGUUUGGUCAGCCGGCAUCUGGUAGUAAAGAUGGUGAUCAAACAGACUAUCAACCACCGAUGACACGUUCACCUACGACAAGAAAGGUCGAAGAGCAUGAACAAUCCACCACAGAUAGUGUCAAGAAAUCUCAAUUAUCAUUUAAUUUCUUACCUAACUCUUCAAUAUACAGAGACAAACACAUAAUAGACUUUAAUUGUGGAUCAGAGUUUUGA